CGCAGCAGUCACUCUGCACCGUGCAGGAGAUGCUUACAGCUGCAGCGGAACAAAACAGAAAACAAUGUGUUGGGGGAAGGACAGCUGAAAACAUUCAAGUACAGUGACUAAACAUGGUCAACCAGGGGAGAGACGGUCUUCGCGGCCGCUCAGGAGACUCCGUCGGCGGCCUUAAAACUGGACGAAUCCCCGGCCAGGAGGAACUAUCCGGAGAGACUGAGGACACGGCGGAGUCGCUACGGGAGCUGCCGCGCUGGAUGCGGCUUUACUUCUACGGGAUGCACGGCGUGACUCUGGAUAUCCUGCUCUCGUCGGCACAGCGGGUUUUUAAAUACAGGGACCCUAAACUGGUGGGAUUUUCUUCACCAUAUCUCUGCAUUAUGCAUUCACUGACCCACUUUGCGUUGGAGAAGAUCUACUCUCAGAAGAGGUGCUUCCGAGGUCGGCCUCUGGUGUUUCAUCUGGUUUUCUACCCGUCUGUCUACAUCGGGCUGCAGAUCCUGAUAGGGAAUAUAAACACACUAACAGAGCAGGUGAGGAUGGUGUCUGGGACCCAGCUAGUAGUGCACUACAUCUUGUCUCUCUAUUUCACCCAGGUUUUCCACAAGGGGCUGUCAAAGCUGCAGUAUCACCCCUCCACCUUAUCCACCGACCCCUCGAGGAAACCAAACCCGCAGGAGAGCGUUCAUUCUCGCACGCCUCUGCACAGUCUUCCCGGCAUCGUGCGGUUCUUAUUCUUCGGGAUGCACGGCUUUCUGGAUGAGGUCAUUUUCACUUCAGUUUUCAACCUCGUGGAGAAGUCAGACCGGACCCUCAGCGGCCACACGUCCCUGUGGUCCUUCCUCAUGUACGGGAGCUGCAGCUUCGUGGUGGAGAAGCUCUACCUCUACCUGCACUUCAGAAGAGGGUGGGGGACCUGCAGGAGGCUCCCCAUCUACAUCUGCUUCAUCUACACGUGGGAGUUCUGCUGGGGGCUGAUUCUGAGGCAGUUUGACGCCUGCUCCUGGGACUAUUCUCAUUACCCUCACAACUUCAUGGGACUCAUCACCCUCCUGUACCUGCCUGGCUGGGUCUGCCUCAGUCUGUACCAGGACGUGCUGUCUAACGUGCUGCUGAGGAUCAAGAGGAUCAAGGGCACCAAGGAAGUAACAUUCAGCGGGGAGAAUGGGGAGGUCAAUGGACAGCUGGAGAAAAAGCACCUUUGAUUCAUUCUUUGUUGGGGUUUUAAUGUAAAAGUCAAUUAUAAAAAAGGCUUAUUAAACCUGUUAUAGAUGAAUAAAUUAGGCCUAACCAAAAUCUAUGAAACUCAGCAAAUCUAGCAGGAGGUAAAAUGUUAAAAAGUGGGACCAGCUUGGGGCCUUGUUGCUAAAAUCAUGGUGUACAAUCCACAUAUCAGCUAACUUUCUUCAUGCCAAAGUAUUUAACUACUUGGAUACUUUGGCAAGUUAGCAAUUUGUUUGUUGCCAUGACAGCAAAUGUUAAAUAUAGGAUACAAAACUUGGUGCAAUUAAUAUUUCAGCACGUUUAGACUCCAGUAAUUCUGGAUUCUGGGCACGUAUGCAGGUGAGACAUUUUCCAGUAAUGUUUGAUAUUUUCUGAGUCCAUUUAACACAACUAAGGGACCUAAAUUCUGUUCAAAUACUGCCGUUUUUAUCUUUCUGAUGUUACAUACAGUUGUAAUAUUAAUAUUUUAACAGUCUUCAUUAGCAUAGUGGUGUGAUAAUUUAUUUAUUUAAAUGAUUGCAGACAUUAUAUAACUUAAACAGUGAAGUCAUUGUGGCAGGUUCAGUCUGAAUUGCACUGUUUAAGUUUGCACCAGCAUGCUUUAUUACACUGUAGCUCAUAUCUGCAUGCUAAAACGUUUACAUGAAGCAACAUAUAGAAUGUUUUCAGAGUUUUUCCUCCACUACACACACACAUAACAACCUUAUAUUGAGAGGAAUCAUGCAGGCAAAAUGUUCACACCUUUUAUUUCAAGGCCUCCGUGACUGAAGAGUAAUGCAUGGUGACUGUUAGAGUAGAGAUAAACCCAGUACUAAUCGUAGCAAGAGAACCAGUAGCUGACAAGAUUGGAGGAGAAGGGUGAGAUUUUACUGUGAAGCUUCAUGAACCAAACUGCUGGAGUGCCUUCCUGUGCAAAGUGCAAACAGAGUCAGGCAGAGGCAAACAAUAAGGCCCAGUGUCCACCAAUCAAUAGAUCAGUUAUUUAUUUACCAGUACUUUCAGCUACAGAUAUCCAGAUUUAUUGUACUGUUAUUUGUUGCAACCUGUUAUCAUCUCAUGCUCUUUUAAAUUUGAAUAAUUACAGUCUAACAGUUUUAAACAGCUCUGAAGAACCUGUUCAGGAUGAGUUAUUGUUUAUGGCCUAUGGGGUAAAGUCAUGUUCAUUCCUGAAGAUCUUAAACUGAGCCUCUUUCUGCCAUAAUGUAAGACAUUUCAUGUCAAAACAUGUCUUGAAGAACUGUCUCUUCAUAUUCAUUUUUAAUGUUUGAAACCACUGUCAUGAGGUGGGUGUUGAAGGAGACGACCAACUCUAUGGCAACAAUUCUUGAUAGAGGUACCUCUUUGACACCAAAAUAGACACAAAGAGAUCCUCACUGGAGCUUUAAGUGAUCAACUUUAGUCAUAAAGAUAACUAUACACAUAUAUUUAACAUGUUUUCAGAUAUGGAUUAGAUAAACUGAAGCAUAUUCUGACCCCCAAAUGUGCUUUACAGUGGCCUUCUUUAUUAUUGAACAUUUUUAAACAUGUACCUUACACUGUGACUCAGCAAAUGGCGGUAGAUCUUAGCAAGCUGACUUCAAACAAGCCACUCUGUUAUGUAACCAACUGUGGUUUGGUUUUCAGAAAUAAGUGGCUAAUAGCUUGCAGGAUAUUACCCCUUUUUAUGAAUUUUUAAUCAGUUCUAGAAUCAAGGAAAUACAUUUAUUAGAGAAUUUUGAUCUAAGCAUAACUCUUAAAUAUGAAUAUUUGUUUUAACUUACUUAAUAAAGAAAUAGUUUAGAUAAUAGUUUUUUUAAUUGUUUGAUUUAUGUUUGUCAUUUGCUGUAGGCAGAGCGUCCUACUAGUUUUGAACCUGUUUUGUAGGUUCAGUAACCCUAGUAACAUACUUCAUAAUAAGCCAAAUCAAUCAUUACAUGCCCGGAUAUGUUGUGGGAGCUAAACAGAAAAUUGUUUUGUUGUUGGAUCAUUUCAAUAAUUUGGAAUCAUUCCAUUGAAUCAAAAUAAAAAUGUAUUUUUGGUUUUCAGUGUCUUGUUUGAACAUGUUGUAGGGGAUGUGAUUUAAUUAUCAGAACAUUGCACGUGCCAGUGACUACUGCCUGGGGCUGUUGUGGGUUGGGGUGGGGUGAAACUUGGCAGCUAUUUUGAGGUUCUGAAAAAUUGCAUUGAUCUGCAUCUGAAAUUUCUAUGGCUAAUUGAAUCAUACUUUGCUUUGUGGUGUUCCUUUUAAACAGAGACUACCAAACUACUUUUCAAAAACAUCAGAGUGUGGAAUAACAUGCAAAUUGAAUUUUAGAAAAGAUGACCUUCCUGCAAUGGCAUGCACUGUACUACUUAACAUUAUUUCAAUUAAAUCUGAAAUAACCCCA